GCGGGCAGAUGGUGAAGCUACGCGCAUCCGGAGUCAGCAGGUCUGAGGUCAUUCCUCGCCCCCUCCCACCCGCUCCCCGACGUCACGCCGACUCCGUCCUCGGCGGUGAAGACAUUCCUCCCAGGCCCUGCGCCCCGCAGCGUGGUAACCCCACUGCCGGAGACCGCGCGCACCCAGCUGGUAACCCCCCGGCGUUGAGCGACAAAACCCCGCCCCGAGCGGCUUGCCCCGCCCCCGGCUCGUCACUCACGCAACCCACCCAAUGGUGGCGGCGGGGGGCGGGGCUAGGCCUGAGGGCAGUGUGCGCCGAAGCUUGUGGCGUCAAUGCGCCCGCCGUGUCCAUGGAGAGAGGCUGAGGCGGCCGACCUCCGGCCCGAGGCACCGGGGCGCGGGGACAGCGAAGAUGUCGGCUUCCUUAGUCCGGGCAACUGUCCGGGCUGUGAGCAAGAGGAAGCUGCAGCCCACCCGGGCAGCCCUCACCCUGACACCUUCAGCAGUAAACAAGAUAAAACAACUUCUUAAAGAUAAGCCUGAGCAUGUAGGUGUAAAAGUUGGUGUCCGAACCAGGGGUUGUAAUGGCCUUUCUUAUACUCUAGAAUAUACAAAGACAAAAGGAGAUUCUGAUGAAGAAGUUAUUCAAGAUGGAGUCAGAGUAUUCAUCGAAAAGAAGGCACAGCUAACACUUUUAGGAACAGAAAUGGACUAUGUUGAAGACAAAUUAUCCAGUGAGUUUGUGUUCAAUAACCCAAACAUCAAAGGGACUUGUGGCUGUGGAGAAAGCUUUAAUAUUUGAAAUCUCAGGACUCUUCUGGCCGUAGGUUCCAGGAAAGCUCGUGGAAGCUUUGGGGCUCACUGCAGAAAUCAUGUGACUGUCACGUGCUGGAAAAUAAAGUGAUACAUCUUGAAAAUGAAGCCAGUGUGUUGGAUUCCAGAAGAAAUGAUAUUUAUAUUCUCUAUAGGGGACAGAAAAUGAGAAGCCAUCACUGUCUUUGGAUCAUUUAGGUCUCUUGCAUCCUUUGUUUUAGAACCAGUUUCAUUAAAGUUGCCUUCCUGGGCACCUGUUUAUCCAUUUCCUGAACUGUGUGCACUCCUUAGAUCGCUAUUGAAUGGCUUGAACAUCCCUCAGCAUUUCUCCCAACCAGAUCGGCGACUCCUAAAAUCCAAGACAGGACAUCCUGACUGCUGGUAGUAAUAUGGUGGUGCAUUGUUUUUUCCACCCAAACUUAACAUAGCCUUUUUUAUGCAUUUUUAUGAAAAAUUUCAUUGUCAGCUGCCUCAUUGCAUACCCUUUAAUAGUACCAGGCAAAGAUUUUCGUCAACUAUAGUACAGAUUAGUUCUGAGUGAUGGUAUCAAAAGGUGAGAAAGAUGUCAUCCACCUUUUUUUAAAUCCAUUUCUUUUGCCACCCUAUAUGUCUGUUCAGAGAUGAGAUCUCAAGCUGACUUUGAUUCCUUUAGUUGAGGAGUCUCUUAAAGCCAUCUAGCCCACCUCCCUCAAUUCUCUGUGUGAGGAAGCAAAACCCCAGGGAAGCCAAAGGGUUCCUCUCCACCCUGACUGCACAGGCUGGGGGAGAGUAGGGACUCUACCCUCCUCUCCCCUUCCUUGUAGGUGACACAUGCUCUGCCCGCUGAGGCAGUCAGCGAAGGCAAAUGGUCUGACUUCUUUAUGUGGUCAACAUUUUGAUAGAAUUUCUUUAUAAUUUGAUAGAGAUUAUAUUAUUUUUAUCUUAUUUUGAGUGGGAAGAAUUUUAAAACCUUUUUAUGUGAAUUACCAUCUUGUUUCUUUCACCUUUGAAACAAUGGUUUGUAGCAGAGACAACAUUGUAGCAACCCAGAAUUAUGCUUUUGGAAUGUGGUCCUCACUGUACAGGAGAAUGUAGGGAUCUUUUGUGAAAAUUCCCAGUGUGCAUACACUUUCUGGUUCCUCGGUCCAGUUGCUAAAGUUCUUAGUAUUUUAGCCUAACAUAUUUAUCACCAACUUUUCUUUAAAAGUGUUCCUUUUGUCACUUAGUUACUGAUUUUCCUGGGUUUGACAUAAGUAUGAGAUGAUAUAUAUGCUUUUUUUGAAAGCUGAUUCUCAUGAAUUCAAGUAGCUGAGUUCCUUUAUGUUUCGUUUAUUCACUAAAGUAGCUGGCACAAAACACACCAAAACCUAGAGCGGUAGUUUUAUGUAAAUGCUCAUGAGUUUGUAUCAAUAAUAUAAUUGUUGAUCCACUUAUAAUUCGUGCAGUACUGUAUGUAUGUAGAGAUUGAGUUGUCAAUUAAAAAAAUUUGGCCUCUUUGUGAUCAUAAAA